GCCCCAGUGCCCUCCACAGUCAUUGCGAAAGAGGACAAGGUUACUUCACCCUCCAACAUUCUUAGUGAGAAAGGGUCCUCACUCUUAUCCCUAAAUUAUCGGGUAGCACUCAGAGGGGCUGUCUGCAUCCCAGCACUUUCUGGUCCAGCGAGCAGAUGUGGGUGCACCCAGCAGUCACGUGGCCUCCGGCCGCGUCUCGCGCUUUCCCUGUAAUGAAAUCCAGUUCGGUCUUUGCCAAAAGGCCCCACUCUCAGCUCUGGAGAGCCCAAACCACCUUUCCGCACAGUGGUGUUUUCCUGCUGAAACUGUUAAAAUAUUCUUUGUGUUUUGAUCAGAAUGUGAAAAAGACGGACUGGUUCCAGGAAUGGCCAGAUGCCUAUGAGAAGCACAUCUACAGCUCGGAGGACCGGAGCGCACAGCGGCACCUGAGCAGCUGGGCCAUGCGCAACACCAACAACCACAACUCCCGCAUCCUCAAGAAGUCCUGUCUGGGCGUGGUGGUGUGCGGCCGCGAUUGCUUGGCCCCUGAGGGCCGCAAGGUCUACCUGAGGCCCGCCAUCUGCGACAAAGCCCGGCAGAAGCAGCAGAGGAAACGCUGUCCCAACUGUGAUGGCCCCUUGAAGCUCAUUCCCUGCCGUGGCCACGGGGGCUUUCCCGUCACUAACUUCUGGAGGCACGACGGCCGCUUCAUAUUCUUCCAGUCAAAGGGAGAACAUGACCAUCCAAAACCAGAAACCAAACUGGAAGCCGAGGCAAGAAGAGCAGUGAAGAAAACACACUUGGCGGCUUCCUCCUCAAAGCUGAAGCAGGGCCCAGAAAUCAAGCCUCUUCCAGGUGAAACACCAAGUUGGGAAAGUUUAACUCGGUCUUUCCAGGAAGGCAUUCAAUUGCCGAGUAGUUACAGUGGACAUUUAAUAGGGAACACUCCCCAGCAGAAGGCACUGAAUGAUUGCUCAUCCUUCUCCGAGAGUUAUGGUUUGGGGGGCACCACCGACCCGGCAGACCCCACUCCUCCCCUGGGUGCCCCUCAGCUCUACGAGAAAUGCAGUUUGUCCGAUGGUCAGAUCUCCAGCAACCGAGACCUGCUUCAGCUUCCUGUCUCUGGGGUCUUUGGUUACAGUGAUCCGCAAACAUGGAAUGAUAACAUGGCUUUGGAGAGAAAUCCUCUGAAUGACAACAGCUGCCCCAAUUAUCCUUUUGCUCUGACCAGCUGGCCCUAUGACUUCUCCCCUCCCCAGAACGCUUCAGAACCCUUUCCCCAGCAGAUCCCAAUGGAACCACCAGCUGCCAAAACAAGCUGUCCCCCAUUAUGGCCAAAUCAAGGGGGCGAUCUUUAUGAAGAGAAGGUGCCUGUGGAUUUUAACGGCUACUACCCUUCCACCACGUGCCGUUCACCUCAGGAAGAGCCCUUUCUCCUCACCUAUACCUCUCAGCCUUGUCACCAGUACUCUCUGCCUGGCAAGAGCAGCAAAUGGAAUUUGGAUGAAGAAAUGAGGUACCUGGGCUUGGAUCACUGCAACAAUGAAAUGCUUCUAAACCUCUGUUCUCUGAGAUGAUCUCAAAUGGAAUCCUUGUGCACUGCUGGAGGGAAUGUCAUUUGGUGCUGCCAUUAUGGAAAACAGUAUGGAGGCGCCUCAAUAAUUAACAGUAGAACUACCAUAUGAUCCAGCCUUUCCAUUUCGAGGUAUAUAUCCGCAGGAAACGAGAUCACUAUCCUGAGGAAAUAGCUGUACCACCGUGUUCACUGCAGCGUUAUUUACGGUAGCCAAGGCAAGGAAACAACCUAAGACCAAUGAAUGGAUACAAUGGGAUGUAUAUAUAUACACACACACACAAUGAAAUACUAUUGA